CCAGUUCAAAUAAAGACGGCGGGUGAACAUGGCGCGCCAGACCUGGUCAGCGAAGUGAUCGCGCUCCCUUUGUUCCGCAUAGAAGAUGUGGAGGGUGAAAACCCUGAACCUCGGCCUGACGCCUUCGCCCCAGCCGGGAAAAGCAACGAUGAGGACUCCUCUCCGAGAACUUACCCUGCAGGCCGGCGCCCUCACCGACUCAGGAAAAGGACCCCCUGCGUGCUCCUCGCUCACCCCAUCCCUGUCCAAGUUGGGGCUGCAGGAGGGCAGGAACAACUCAUCUCCAGUGAGUUCUUUCAAUGUCAAGAAGACAAACUUGCCUUCAGAACAACUCACCCACCCUUCAAGGAGCCUAGGAACUUGUCAGCAUGAAUCAGCUGAGCAGCUCCUAGAUCCAGCUCCUCAAACCAAUCUUAAUCUCAGAACACCUGAGAAAGCAGCAGGCCCAGAGAGCUAUGCAGCAGACCCAGCGGGUGACUGUGUAGUGAAGACCACGGUUCUCAUGCCUCUCCCAGUAGCGCAGCAGCAAGGCGGGAUGCUUGAGGCCCUCUCAGAUACUGUAGCUCAGAAAGAGGGCAGCUCUGCAAAUGAGCCUUUGAGGACAGAAGAGCCGGUGAGAAAUGAGGUGGCACCCUGUAUUGAUGACAGCUUUUUAGAAGUUGCUGCUAUGCCUGAGAAACUUACAUUUCUGGAGUCUCCAUCUUUUCUCUUGGAAUAUUCACCAAAACUCUAUUGUGAGCAACAAUCACACUGCUCCAAAGAAAGCCCAAAGGACAGUAGGAUCGAAACUAUACCUGAGGACUUGGUACCUUCUGAUAAUAAUGUCUUACAGUCUUCCAUACUCUGGCUUUCCCCUUCAACUACCUUAUCAGUAGAUUUCCCUGUUAAUCUUGUAGACCCUGGAGAGGAAGCUGUAGAGCACAGAAUGACACAGGCAGCAGAAAUGAACUUUCCUACACUCUCUGAGGAGGCUGAAUUGGGAGACCAAGCACUUAUCUCAAAUCUGGAAGAUGUCCUGCCCAUAUGUCCGACAUCAAAUCCAGCAGAAAUGGAAUCCCAGGCAGAUCAAGGCCCAACAUUAGAAGAUACCAGUAGGAUUCUUGCCACUGAUUCAGAACCUUGGAUGUCACCAUUGGCUUGGUUAGAAAAAGGUGUGAAUACCUCAGCCAUGCUGGAAAAUCUCCGCCAAAGCUUAUCCCUUCCUUCUGUGCUUCAGGAUGCUGCCAUUGGCAACACACCUCUCUCUACUUGCUCUGUGGGAACGUGGUUCACUCCGCCAGCCCCACAGGAAGAGAGUACAAACAAGCUUCAAACAGAGGGUGCGAAGGACAGUCUUUUAGAGACAGAGCGCCUCCUGUGGGGCCAUCGUCCUCCAGAUUUGACUGCCUUGUCUCGACAUGAUUUGGAAGAUAACUUGCUGAGCUCCCUUGUCAUACUACAAGUUCUGUUCCUCCAGCUACAGGCCUGGAAGAGCCAACUGACUGUCCCUCAUGCGGAAGCCAAAGACAGCAGUACACAGACCGACAGCUCUCUCCUUGGGGUAACUAAGAAACCUCAAUAUCUUCAGGAGAGCCAGGAGACUAGACAGGCCCUGCAGCAGGCCAAGAAUAUCAUGCAAUCAUGGGUGCUAGUCUCUAAAGAGCUGAUGCCUUUGCUUCACCUGUCUCUAUUGCACUUAGAGGAAGACAGAGUGACUGUGAGUCGGGAAUCCCAGCGUGCAGAAACAUUGGUUUCCUGCUGUUCUGAUGUAGUGAAGAAACUGAGAACAAAGCUCCAGAGCCUCAAAACAGAAAGGGAGGAGGCAAGGCACAGAGAGGAAAUGGCCCUCCAAGGCAAAGAUGGGGCGGAGGCAGUACUGGAGGUUUUCUGUGCACAUGCCAGCCAGCGCAUCAGCCAGCUGGAACAGGAUUUGACAUCCAUGAGGGAAUUCAGAAGCCUUCUACAAGAAGCCCAGACUCGACUGAUAGGGCUUCAUACUGAGCAAGAAGAGCUGGCUCAGCAGACAGUGAGCCUGACUUCUACCUUGCACCAGGACUGGACUUCAAUGCAAGCAGACUAUGGGACAUGGACAGCUUUGCUGAGUCGAUCUCGACAACUUACAGAGAAACUCACUGCCAAGAGCCAGCAGGCCCUGUGGGAACGAGAUGCUGCAGUUGCAGAAAAGCAACAGAUUUCCAAGGAGCUGGAACAAGUCUUUGCCCAUUUAGAAGACUGUAAAGGCCAAAUAGAACAACUGAAGUUGGAAAAUAGCCGCCUAACAACAGAUCUCCAGACUCAGCUACAGAUUCUGGCCAGCACGGACAGCCAACUAAAAGAAUUGCAGAGCCAACAUGCCCACUGUGCCCAGGACUUGGCCACAAAGGAUGAGUUGCUAUGCCAACUUACCCAGAGCAAUGAGGAGCAGGCUGCUCAGUGGCAAAAGGAAGAGAUGGCACUGAAACACAGGGUGGCAGAACUGCAGCAUCAGCAGGCUGUGUUGGCUAAGGAGGUGCAGGACCUGAAGGAGACCUUGGAGUUUGCAGACCAAGAAAGUCAGGUUGCUCACCUGGAGCUGGGCCAGAUCGAGUGUCAGCUGAACACCACACUCCACGUACUUCGGGAGCGCAGCCUGCAAUGUGAGAAUCUCAAGGACACUGUCGAAAACCUCAAGGCUGAGCUGGCCAGCACCACUGCCAAGCACCAGGAACAAACCCUGGAGAAGACACAGCAGUAUUCUCAAGAGUUAUGGCUGUUGAUAGAGCAGAUACAGAGCCUGACCCACUUCCUCCAGACAAAAGUAAAGGAGAAGGCUGAAUCAGAAACCGUUCCGUCGAGCACAGCCUGUACUUCAGCUCAGGAACACCCUCUGCCUGAUGAUAGUACCAUGUCAGGAAACAUCUCUGCAGCAACAGCAGAUGAAGAACCAGAAUCAGCUCCUGUGCCCUUGCUUGGAAGUGACACCAGUGCUUUCACCCGAGUAACAUCAAUGGUUUCCCUUCAGCCUACAGAGACCCCAAGCCUGGAGAAGAGCCUGGCAGAAAUGAGUACUAUGCUUGUUGAUCUUCAAAGCCUAUGUGGUCUGCUGCAUGAGUCUAAGGAAGAAGCCAUUGGGGCUCUGCAGAGAAAACUUUGUGAUCUGCAGGCUAGGCUUGAGGCCCAGGAAGAACAUUAUCAGGAGGCUCAGAAGACAAAGGAAGCAGACAUAGAGAAGCUGAACCAGGCCUUGUGCUUGCGCUACAAGAAUGAAAAGGAGCUACAGGAAGUGGUACAGAAGCAGAGUGAGAAGAUCCUGGAGCAGAUUGACAAGAGCGGCGAGCUAAUUAGCCUCAGAGAGGAGGUGACCCAGCUCACCCACUUGCUUCGGCGUGCGGAGACAGAGACUAAAGUGCUCCAGGAAGCUCUGGAGGGCCAGCUGGACCCCAACUGCCAGUUGAUGGCCACUAACUGGAUCCAGGAGAAAGUGUCUCUUUGUCAGGAGGUGGACAAGCUGAGGGUCAUGUUCCUGGAGAUGAAAAACGAGAAAGCAAAACUCGUGGUCAAGUAUCAGAGCCAUAGAAACAUCCUAGAGGAGAACCUUAGGCGCUCUGACACAGAGUUGAAGAAACUAGAUGACACUGUGCAGCAUAUUUAUGAGACGCUGCUGUCCAUCCCAGAGGUAGUGAGGAGCUGCAAGGAGCUACAGGGACUGCUAGAAUUUCUGAGCUAAGAAACUGAAAGCAGCAGAGCGCACCUGUGGUUCCAGUUAUGACAGAGGCUGAGGCAGGAGUGUCUGCUUGAGCCUGAGUUCAAGACCUACAUGGGCAACAUCCCAAGAAAGAAGCCUAAAGCUGGAUUCUGCUUCAUCCCUGAGUAGUCCCUUGCCCCAACUAGGACCAACUGGCAUAGAGCCAACUAUAUUUUAUGCUAUUUAAAUAAAGUAUAUUUAAUAGUC